ACACAAAAUUUCCUUUCCAUGGCAUUCUGCUUCACAAAGGAAGGCAAGUUCUGCAAGCGCAAGGACUAAAGGACAUGGCCAGGAAGGGUCCACAUCCACAAUCUCCGCACACUCCGAACAACAUUGGAGAGAUCAGAUCUGGAGUCAACCACAUUAAUAAUUCGUGCGGCCGAACGAUUAGCCGCGAAAACGGCUGCAAAACUAACACGAGGAGCCGGAAUGCAAAGGGAUUAUGCACGCUCAUCAGAGAUUGCUGGUGAGUGACAGAAGAGUUGGAAAGGGGUUCUUGCAUCGUUGUGUAGACAGAUGCAUCCACACAUACAUUGGCAAGAACGAAAGUAGAAGUAGCCGUAGCUGCUAAAUCUGGGCACCAGCUGCUGUCAGAAUUGCCGGUGUGCCAGCCAGAUGUAAAUUAAGGCCGAAAAAGAGCUGCGGUGCAGCAUUGGCACAUGGAAAGAAGCAAGCCAAGCAGUAGCGUGGGUUGCUGCUACCAAGGCCAGAAGGGGGGUUUUCUUGGAGUGGCAUUAAAGCCUGCAGAGUUGGAUAGAGAGCAGAAGAGACUCCCACACCCGGUUGCUGACCGGCUUCAAGACAGCAAAUGUGUCCGCACAUACGCCAUUUUGUGAGCUUUAACACAGCGUCCUGUUCCUCCAUUUUGCCAUGCCACCAGUGAGAGGUCUGUAGUUCUCUGGGGAUUUUGCUGCUUCUUCUCCGGCUGAUUGAGCAAGCAAGAAGAUGGGGCUGGCAAUGAGAUGCGUCCUGCUCCUCUUCGCCGUCUCUGUCGUGUUCCUUCUGUUCAACUUCGAGAUCCUGGAGGGGGCGCUCCAUCAUGCAGGCCACCACGACGAUGAGGUCGAUGUCGCUGCAGCGACAACCACCCAUGGCAUCGUCGGUUUCGGUGCACUCUCCAGGUUUAGGAUGCUGGUCGGUUUGAAUCAUCAUCGGUCUCGGCACAGAAGGCAUCGGCAAAACUCGGCAGCUCCAGCGCCAUCGCCAGCUCCAGCACCUCUUGAGGCAAGAUCAUCACCAGCUCCUGCCCCUCUUUUCCACCCUCAUCGAAAGAGAAUGCCAUCUACUCAUCGUCACAGCCAUAUUGCCCCAGCAAGGAUUGCGGCACACAGAUUCGGAGAUGUCAGCCACGCCAGGUUCGUGAAGGUCGCCAUUGUUGCUCUGGCUGUGGUUGGAGCGUGCCUUCUUGUUCCUGGACUUGCCAUAGCAGCAGUGUCACUCAGAAGAUCAAAGAAGUUUCAGAAGGGGUGCUCAAAGCCAUUCAAACUGUUCUGCCAUGGAUCAAGAGCACAAAGUCCUUCUGCCACCAGGAAGGUCAGUUCCCACCCCAGCCCAGAUCCAUUCUACUUAAGUUCUGUUAUCCAAUGCCAUGAGAACCACCAGAGGCUUAAACCAUCAUCCGAAUCCAAGAGUUUAUCCAUUAUCAGCACCUCCCCAAAUAGCACAGAAUUAAUCAUAGGUGAUCAUACUCUGAGAAUUCAAACCACUUCGUAUUCUGAUGAAGUUGAGUCUUUCCAUUCCAUACCUUGCUCUCCUUCCUCAACUGGUUCCUUCAUCGAGUUGCCUCUGCAAACGCAUGAUAAAACUGUGACAGAUCAAUUUCCAUCGUCCCCACAUACAGACAAUUCGCCAUCUAAUUGUUCAUAUCGAUCAUGUUCACCAGAUCAUAGAUCUCAUUUGCAUCCAAAGAGUCUAAUACUCAAUGCUUCUGAUCAAUUCGGUGUGUGCAACACUUCUCAAUCCCUCCCAGAAGAAUCAUAUGCAGAAAAAGCUGAAGUUACCCAUCAAGUGACAGUAAAACCAAACGUCGUUUCCACGCCCAUGGAACAUCAUGAAGCUCCAAAAGAAGAGGUGGCCAAUCCUCAGCCCAGGAAUCCACCAUUAGAAGCCAAUUCUCCUUCCUAUCACAUGGAUAUCUCAGGCUCCAGAAGAAACAUAGCAUCCCCCUCGCCGAACACCAAUGAAUCCACAAGUAGUCGAACUGACGGAUCAAAACUUCAAAUGCCUAGUGCAAUGACCGUACCGAAAUCACCACCGCCACCUCCGCCGCCCAAAAAAUUUCCUCCAUGUCUCAAAUGGCAGAACUCCAGACAGCCUCCACUGCCACCUGCAUUACCACUUCAGAUGCAUGUUGGUCAAAAUGGGUCUCCGCUUCCAAGGUUGAAACCUUUGCACUGGGACAAAGUAAGGGCAGCUCCAGACCGCUCCAUGGUGUGGAAUGAUAUCAGAUCAAGUUCCUUUGAGUUCGAAUUUGACGAGCAGACGAUCAAGUCUUUGUUUGCAUACAACUUUCAAGGCGUGAUGAAAGAAGAAGACACCACCGGCAGGACUUUACCUACCACCAAACAUGUUAUUGAGCAUCACAGGCUUCAAAAUACUACUAUUUUGUUGAAGACCUUAAAUGCGAGCACCGAGCAAGUUUACAAUUCUAUAGCACAAGGCACUGGAUUGUCUGUGCAACAACUGGAAGCGUUGGUCAAGAUGAAACCAACAAAGGAAGAAGAGGAAAAGUUACUGAAUUAUGACAGCGACAUCGAUAUGUUGGAUCCAGCAGAGAAAUUUGUCAAGGUGCUGCUUACAAUACCACUGGCAUUCCCAAGAAUGGAGGUUAUGCUCUACAAGGGAACUUUUGAUGAUGAGGUGGUUCAUAUCAAAAUGUCCUUCGCAACCAUUGAAGGAGCUUGCACAGAGCUCAGGUCAAGCAAGCUACUGUUAAGGCUACUUGAAGCAGUACUCAAGACAGGGAACAGGAUGAAUAUUGGAACACUAAGAGGAGGUGCAAGUGCUUUCAGAUUGGAUGCGCUGCUGAAAUUGGCAGAUAUACGUGGGGCUGAUGGAAAGACAACCCUCCUGCAUUUUGUUGUUCAAGAGAUGGCUCGUUCCAAAGGCUCAAAGGCUGCAGAGAAGCACAAUGAAACAACCAGGUCUUGUAAUCCAACAUCAACAGAGCGGGAAGAGUAUUGCGCAACAGGUACAGAAUUUGUCUCUGAGCUAAGUAACGAGCUACGCAAUGUCAAGAAGGUAGCAAGCAUAGACUUGGAUACUUUGAUAAACUCAAUCUCAAACCUAUCAUGUGGACUAGCUCAACUGAAAAAUCUCAUCGAGAAGGACCUACCCAGCAAUGAUAAGAACAAGAACUUCCUAGAAUGCAUGGGAUCCUUCAUAAAUUAUGCAGAAAAUACUAUGCAGGAACUUGAAAAUGGCAAAGCUCAAGUCGUACACCAUGUCAGGGAGCUAACAGAGUAUUAUCAUGGAGAGGUUGGCAAGGAUGAGUCCAACCUGCUCCACAUAUUUGUCAUCAUCAAAGAUUUUCUUGGUUUGUUGCAUAGGGUGUGCCGUGAGAUGAGGGGUUCAAAACACAACCAACCUCUCAACCUAGUCCUUCCACUCAGGUGAAAAGCGUGAUGUUCAGAUUAACCAGUUGCACAUUAACAAAUUGACUGUUUUUUGUAUGCAAGUGUUUGUAUAGUGAUGUUAGCAUGGAGAUCAGUUGGCAUUAACUAUAGACAGUUUGUGGAUGUGUGUAAGGGUGAUAUUAGCAUCAUGGAUUUGUACGACUUGGCUUGGAAUUUUGUUGAAUAUAUUGGUACCUUAGUGCUGAAAUA